AUGCUGGAGGCUGGCUUCUUGUCCGGCCUCACGAGGCUAAGUUUAGAAGCAGGCUCUAUCAAGCAUCGGCGCGACGACGACCUCGUGGACCGAGCCAAUCAUGCCUACACCACAAUGGUGCUGAUGCUAUGCACUCUGGUUGUACUUGGCCGCCAGUUUGUCGGGAAGCCGAUUUCCUGCUGGACGCCAAAUGAGUUCACAGGGGCUCAGGAGGAGUACGCCGAGUCGUUGUGCUGGGUGACGACUACCUACUUCGUCCCACCAACAGAGACCACGGUGCCCACGGAAUACGAGCAGCGAGAGCGCACAGCAAUCUAUUACUACCAAUGGAUACCGUUUGUUCUGAUGCUACAAGCAGCACUGUUCGCAACGCCCUGCAUCGUUUGGCGUCUUUUCAACUGGCAAUCAAGGAUCCAUGUAAGCCGAAUUGAUUGGGAAAUAAUGAUAUUGUACUUCAUGCUCUUGACAAGAGGCUAG